CAAUAGAACCCCACCAAACCCUAGGGGGUUCUGUGCCUCUCACUCACACACACACACACACACACACUGCGCAUCAGUCAUCACUCUUCUCUGCUCUCCCCAAAAGGCCUGCCAAGAUGUAUACGUCAAUGAAAAAAAUUCACAAGGAUAAGGAUGUUGAACCUACAGAGUUUGAAGAGUCUGUGGCUCAGGCCUUAUUUGAUCUGGAAAAUACUAACCAAGAGCUCAAAAGUGAUUUGAAGGAUCUGUACAUCAAUUCUGCUGUUCAAAUUGAUGUCUCUGGAAACCGGAAGGCUGUUGUUAUCCAUGUGCCAUACAGACUAAGAAAAGCUUUCCGCAAGAUUCACAUCAGGCUUGUCAGGGAGUUGGAGAAGAAAUUCAGUGGCAAGGAUGUGGUUCUGAUUGCCACCCGAAGGAUACUGAGGCCCCCAAAGAAAGGAUCUGCUGUUCAACGACCCCGCAGCCGGACUUUAACUGCAGUACAUGAUGCCAUGUUAGAGGAUGUUGUUGUCCCUGCUGAGAUUGUUGCGAAGCGCGUUAGAUAUCGCAUUGAUGGAUCCAAGAUAAUGAAGGUCUUCUUGGACCCCAAGGAAAGAAACAAUACUGAAUAUAAGCUGGAGACUUUUGCUGCUGUUUACAGAAAGCUUUCAGGCAAAGAUGUUGUGUUCGAGUACCCAUUGACAGAGCCUUAAAAGUAGUGGCAGAUGAUUUGUUGUAGAUCUUUGUGAUCCACGAGGCCCAAUUCGUUUUGAUCAAUCAUUUGAAAUUUUGACUCCAUAUUUUGUGGUUAAAUAGGCAGCGAACUUUAUGCUUGCUAUCAAGUUUUUCUUUUUGAUUAUGUAGUUUCUACUGUGAGGAUUUUGAAUAUUUAAAGAAGUUCGUUAACUUGCAAAGGAUUUCAUCAGGCUUCUAUGGUUUGCUGAAUACAAUGUGAUAAAAUUGUGUGGCGAGUCUGCAUCUGCAUGGUGAAGCUGAAAUGUGCUAGUGUCCUCACAUUGGCAUUGAAGAGAGACGAAAAAUCCACCUUGUAUGAGAACAAUUUAGCAGGAAACCGUGUCUCUGGCAAAUAUGAGGUCCGCAGAUUAAAAGGAAACACAGAAACCUUUUCUCAACUUGGAAAAAUAUUGGAGGAACGGCUCGGUGCAUUCAAGAGUUUUGCUGCCUCUGGAUAUAAUUGUGCACCUUUUGAUUUGACGGCAAACCGUACCUUUUGAUUUGGAUGUUUUGGCAAGAUAUCUAUAUAAUUAUAUUUAUUUGUUCUA